AAUUUCCUAACUUACCUCUGACCUCUGACACACUUAAGGUGAUAUUAUCGAGGUGAUAUUGGGAGGACAGGUUCAGUGUAUGAGACUGGCUUCUUUUCUGUUCCCAUCAUUCUACCGUUGGUUUGCUGAUUCGUGAAGAACACUACAAGAAUCAAAAUGCUGGGAUUCAAAUGGAAAGAUAUUUGGAAGAGGAUGAAGAUUUUCGGGAUAGAGUUUGCUCCCCUUAGGAUUCCCUUGGAGCGACGCCUGCAGACUGUAGCAGUUUACCAGUUCACUCUGUCGUUCUUGUUCCUGGGAUUCUUCUGUGUCUUCCUGUCUUUCUACCUGCUAUUCACACGUUUCUACUACAUAUCCUUGAUCUAUGCAGUGUGGUACUACUAUGACCGCCCCCGGAGCUCCCGCGGAGGUCGGCGUGUCCAGUGGGUCCGCAGUUGGAGUAUAUGGAAGUACUAUGCCAACUUUUUCCCUCUGAAGCUGACAAAGACAGUGGAGUUGAACCCCAACAAGAACUAUAUAUUUGCAAGUCAUCCCCAUGGUGUUAUGUGUUACAGCCAUUUUUGCAAUUUUGCCACAGAAGGCACCGGAUUCAGUGAAAUAUUUCCUGGCCUGCGUCCAUACUUACUUACCCUCGCAGGCCAAUAUACGUUUCCAUUCUUCAGGGACUAUUUUAUGUUAACAGGGUCCUGUAGUGCAACCAAGGAAAGUAUGGAGUAUAUUUUAUCCAAGGUCGGGAAGGGCAACGUCCUUGGCCUUGUUGUUGGAGGAGCCAUUGAAGCACUGAAUGCUUCUCCUGGAAACUUCAAACUCAAUUUGAAAAGUCGGAAAGGUUUUAUAAAAAUAGCCAUGAAACAUGGAGCGGAUGUCUGUCCUGUAUAUUCCUUCGGAGAAAAUGACUUAUAUUCUCAAGUGCCUAAUCCAGAGGGGUCCUUUGUCCGCAAAUUACAGCUAGUGCUAACCCGGAUAUGUGGGUUUUCUCCACCAAUAUUUUUUGGGAGAGGCGUGUUCAAUUAUACCUUUGGACUCCUGCCCCACAGACGACCAAUGAACACAGUCGUGGGAAAACCUAUUGAAGUUACAAGGAAUGAGAAUCCCACCAAUGAAGAAGUGGCUGAUCUUCACCAAAAGUACAUCGAUGCUCUGAAAGACUUGUUUGAAACUCACAAGACCAAAUAUGGCAUUGGUGAAGACGAGCAUCUUAUCAUUGAGUGAAAACAAAACCAAAUAUGUUUCGGAUGAAGAGAACCAUCUUAUCAUUGAGUGAUAAAAAGAUCAAACAUAAUAUAGUUGAAAAUGAACUUCAUAUUGAGUGAUAACUCCAAAUAUGUUAUGGAUGAAGAGAGCCAUCUAAUUAUUGAGUAAUAAAAAAGACCUAAUAUUACAUAGAUGAAAAUUAAUAUCAUAUUGAGUGAUAACACCAAAUAUGUUAUGAAUGAAGAAAGCCAUCAUAUUAUUUAAUGAUAACAUGACCAAAUAUGGUGAUGAGGAGAAGAGACAUACUAUUAUUGAUGGCAAUACCAAAUAUGGUGCUGAUGAAGAUUGCCAUUUUAUUACUGAAUGAUAACAUGACCAAAUAUGUUGCUGAUGAGGGAAGGGGUCUUGUUAUUGAUAAUAAGGCCAAAUAUGGUAUGGAUGAAGGGAGAGCCAUCUUAUUAUUAAGUGAUUAUUAUUAAGAACACCAAAUAUGGAGUUAAAAGACAGCAAUCUUAUUUUAAGUGGGAAAUCAGAAAGAACAGACAAAUGAAAGUGGAUGAUAAAUGGUGUUUUUUGACAUAUCAACUAACAGUAAAUUGACAGAAAUGACAGAACAGAAACUUUUAUCGCCCAACAUAAACUAUUUUGAUGUAUUCUUGGGGAUUAACAUUCUUUGAGGCUAGUCCUGUUAAUACAAUAAAUCAGGAACAGAUGUUUUAGUUUAAAACUCAGUUGUGCAAAACAAUCAUAGCACCAAGCCCAUUGUAACUGAAGCAUGAACAUAAUGUGAUGCAGUCUGCUUAGUGCCAUGUUUAAGUUUGUGCAUCUGGACCAUGAUAUUUUAACAAUUCUUUUAUUUUUAACAAAAUGUUUUAUUUGUAAGUAUUGUAAUGUUUAAGUGCACAGCAAACAUCACCAAAUAAUUUUAUGGCGAAGUUUGGAGAUACAAAUGUUAGUGAUAAUGUUUUGGACCUUUCAUGUUCACAGAUAUUUCCAUAGGAAUAGUGCAAAUGGUCUUUCAUUUCUGCAUAAUCAGCAAUAUUUCAGGCUCUUUGAGACAAUUAAUGUUUUUAUGCCAUGCAUCAUAAGCAUGAAAAAUAGCCCUGCUAAUUAAUGAACUGAUAUCUCCAUUGUGUUUGUUUGUUUGUUAUUGCUUCAUGUUUAAUUGAACAUUGUGAUAACUGGAUAAUCUUACAAUAAUUAUGUGUUGAUCUGUUUCAUGAAUUAUGUACUUGUAUGAACUACAUAUCACUAUAAUGUUUGGAUGUUUAAGAUAUGUAGAUGAAGGCAUUUCAGUCUGGGAAGAUGUGUAAUAUUUGUGAGCCUGGUUUUACAACAAUUGUAUUUGAUUUGUCAGGCUAUGUCCAUGCUAUUCCUCGAAAGAAUGAUUCCGGUGCCAUGUUGAUGUAGACUCUUGGAAAAGGAUGAAUAAUGGCAUAAACGGUAUUAUGUUAAAUGAAUAUACAUAGAGAUUAAAAAACGAGUGGGUGUUGAAUAUGGAAAAUAUUCUGAGAUAUUUUUAAAUGUUUUGAUUUAUUCAUGAGCAAAAUCAACAUCCACAAGUUUUGUGAUGUAUAUAUUACCCACAGGACGGGAAAACAGUGUGAUCCAUGAUGAAAUAUCAAGCAGAGGAUGUGGAUGUAAGCAAAACAAAAGGGAGAUAACUCUGUCAAGACUACCUUAUAGAUGAAAAUAAACAAUUAAAAAUAUUCAAUUGAAAAUAAUACUAAUCCCCAGGACACCAAAAUUGAAUUGUAAUUGUUUGUUUGGUUGACAUUUUUGGUAAAAAACUGCUUUGGAGUUAUAAUGUUAUUUAAAAUAUCGAGGUGGCAACAGAAGGUUCGGCAUUAUGACGUCAAUAUCGUUGAAUAACCUAGCUUGGUUACACAACACUUGUUGGAUAACUUUCAACUGGUUACACAACACUGUUUCAAAUGACCAAACUUAUCUCAUAAAGAUAUUGAGAAUAUGUGUGUAAUAAAUGAUAGUGUUCAAAACUGUGUUAUGGUGAAGGUGAAUAGACAAAAGUUGGUUCUGGUUUAAUAUAUAUAUCGAAAUUUAGACAGAUAUUCGCCUCUCUGCCUAAAACUGACAACCCCUCCAGGAGUUGCAUCAGGAAACAUUUUCAAUUUGGCUUUUAAUUUCUUGGCAUAACCAAGUACUGCACCAAGCAGGAUGUCUUGUUUCAUAUCUGGAAAAAAACCAAACAGGCAGUUCCAAAUGGAAACAAAAAUGAUCAUACUGUACUGCCAGCGAAGUUAGCCUCAAUCUGUCACUCUCUUGCCUGUUGGUUGCUUUGUCGCCCUUUCAUUGUGUCAUCUAAUGUAUUGUCCAGGUGAGGGAUGCAAUCUUGUUUCUUAACCACAUCUAUGGGAUCUACUUGGGUGGAGUAUUUGACAGUGACCUCCAGGCUCUUUAGGUCGAAUGGAGGGACACUAAGGGUAACUGUAAGGGUAAUGAAAUUUACUUUAUAUUUUUAUAAUCCUAACGUCACUAACAUUUCAUCAGUUGCCAUAUUUUUUUGUUGGCAGUAUAUAUGUUUGUGUUAAUGUAUAUGCACUGUGAUGAAAUACUGAAAAUCUUGAAAGGACUGUAAGAUGAAACUAAUGAAAAAUAUUUUUCUUGCUUGCAUUUCUAAAGUGACACAUUGAGUUCAUGAUUUAUGGUAGACAAAUAUCAUCUGUGACAGUCUUAGAUGUCUUAAACCCGUGAAGAUCCGGGUUAGAAUUGAUCUUCAGUAACCCGUGUUUGUCAUAAGGGUGGUCAGGCUUGCUGACUUUGGUUGACACGUCAUCGUAUCCCAGUUGCGUAGAUCGAUGCACAUGCUGUUGAUCACUGGAUUGUCUGGUCCAGACUCUUAUUUACAGACUGCUGCUGGAAUAUUGCUGAGUGCACUAAACUAAACUCACUCACUCACUUAGAUGUCUUAGCACUUCAACUGUGGUAAGCUUAACAUUCCUGUGAUUCUAAGACAUCGCACUGUAGUUCCACUGCCAUUAUAUCUAGUCGAGAGCCUCAGUACAUAUAGUAAGAUGUGGCAUAACCUCACUAUGCCCCUAUUGUAUACUUAUAUUUAUAUCAACUGCUCACCAUUCAUGAGUGUCAUUAAAUCACAGUUUUAAAAUACUGUAUUGUUUAACAACCUCAAUACUUACAGAAACACACACACACAUGCACGCACACCCACUACACAGAGUUUAGUUUUGAAUUAUGUAUUAAUAGUAUCUAUUCCAGAAGUAAACUGUGAUUAUCAUUCAGUCUACAUAUACUUAACUACUGAUAUAUACUGAUAAAUUGAUAUAUACUGGUAAAUCUAUCAGUUUGUCCAUGUGGUGUAAGGUAUAUCGUUUCACCACUGUUUCUUAUCAAGUGCACAAUCCAAGAUGUUAUAAAGUUCACCCCUUCUAUCUGUGACUUGGUUGAUGCCUAGACUGCUAAUCAUUAUAGAGGUGUUCACAUGCACUACAAUUUAGGGAUAACAUCUUCUCUAAUAAAAACUAUUAGAGUCAUAUCAGUAUUUCUCACAUAUGUUCCCAAGCAAUGUCUAAGAAAUGCUAAAAAAACUAAUAUUGUUUAUUCAAUACAAAGUAGAUAAAAUAUUCAUCACCAUAUCCAACAGGGUAUGCUUUGUAUUCUAAAAAUCUAUCUUACGUCUAUAUGGAUCAUACUUUCAUCUAUGUAGUUCAUACAUUCAUAUUACUUAAAUUUACAUAUAUGAUAAUCUACUUACGAGAAGGGAUCAUCUAGUAUCGAAUUAAUAAUUUAUUUUCUUAAGAAAUCGACACAAUUUCCUGGACUGUUUUAUGUAACCCCUGGCUUAAUUGACAUAUUUCUUUGAUGUUCAGCCUCGAGUUUUCUGUAUUAAGAGGCUAUCAAAACAUGAAAUGAGGUACCUCUACACUGAAAUAUGUCAAAGUUUUGUUAAAUGAAUAUAUUUAAUUUUGGUUAUUUCUUCAAUUUCAUGCUGAUACUUUGAAAUGAUUUCAGUUGUGAAAUUACAGAAAAGGCAAAAUGAAAAUAUAUGACAACAUGUUGCCUGACAUUUAAAUAUAUCGAGCAUAUAUUUGUAACUCAUGUUUGUUAAACCAUAUCCAACUUGGUUUGUAACUACACAACUCAAUAAAAUGGUCUCAGUAAUGAUACCAUUAUAAUACAUAUGGAGAUGAAAGUAUCUCCUACAUAGAUAAGUCUAUUCUGCACAGAUGAUAAAAUACUUUUACACUGAAGCAUAAAUAUGCUCCGGGAGUGGGCACUGUGAUUUUUGUUUGUAUGGAGUACAAUAUAGUUUUUAUAGUUCUAUUUUUCAGAACAUCAAGGUUGUCCAGUGAACUAUUUGCAUGCUUUAGACAAAUUAUCUUUUUUCAGCAUUUUCAGGAAAAAUAAAAAAUAAAACGGUUGGCCAUUUAUAAUACAAAAUACAAGCAACACCUGGUGAUGUUUAAAGUUGACACCACAAAGCAUGGAUGUCGACCAAAUGCAGGUAGUUGCCCCAAGAUAACAGUGUGGCAGGUCAAAGGAGACCUAGCAAUGAAAUAUGUACAGAACAAAUUAUUUUGCAAAAAGAGAAUUCUAUAUUUUAAUAGUUAUGUUUGUGUCUGAAUCUGUAUUUUAUCAUUCCUGCAUAAAAUCUCCACUGCUGGUGUAAAUAUGUGCCUCAAAACCACAAUGUGAGAAGUGCAUUGUUUGUAGUUUCUUAAUGUUUUUAUUAACAUCACUUUUAUUAAUAAAUUUAGUGUUUCCCA